CUGGAUUCAAAAGCGGGCGGAGGAAUACAUAGCCCAGCAUAUUGAAGAACGGGAGAGGAAAAAAGCUGAAGAAAACAUGCAAAAAUAUUUAGAGCCACUCAAGAAGCCGUGGCGAAUGAUCUCAGCCGAAGUUGAUGAUCCAUGGACUUCACAGUUCAAAGAACAACUUAUGGAGAAAAUCGUAAACCUGGAGCCAGCUGCUGGGAUCAACUAUUUUAAUAUUUUGCUUCUUGGACAAGCUGCAUCCGGAAAGUCGUCUUUUCUCAAUACAUGCGCUACUGCAAUAGAGGACAAUAAUAGACUGAUAACCCUCAGUCAAGUUUAUCAGAAGGCUUCCAAGAGUGUGACUACGUCACUUGAAGUUUUCCCGCUUCAUACCAGGAAUGGACAGAUUCUUCCACUCCGGCUGUUUGAUUGCAGAGGACUUAAUGUAGAACACGGUGUACCCACAGAAGACGUCAUGCUGAUCGUCAAGGGACACGUACGGAACGGGUAUGAGAUUAAUCCAGAAGUUUCUAUCAAGAAGGAAAACCCAAAAUAUAGAGAAAUUGCGGAACUGAAGGACCGUAUGCAUUGUGUGGUUUAUGUUACUAAUGCUGAGAAUCCGUCAGAACAACUGACCGAUCCCAAAACGGAGGAGCAGCUUAGAUUUGUCCGGGAAACGAUCGCCUCUGACCAUGUACCACAAAUAGUCCUCUUCAGUAAGAUUGACAAACUCCGCAUUUCCAAUAAGGAUGAUUUGCGGGAUGUUUUCAGAAGUCAGGGCGUUAGGGAUACCUGCUACAAGGCUGCAGAAUACAUGCAGAUCCCGUUGAUGAAUGUCCUACCAAUGUCAAACUACCACGAGGAAAACUUGCCCACUCUAGAGAAGGAUAUCCUAGCACUAUUUUAUUUAUUGACCAUGAUGCAGAGAGCCAACGAUUUUGUAUCAAACUGUGCUAAAGUAAACGUUCCUGAGGAAUUUUAUGAUUAAUUCUGUUUUUAAAAA